AUGUCACUCGAGCGACGUAUCAAGGGACUAAAAACGAAGCAGAAAAGCAUUCUUUCGUCGUUUGGCCUGAUCAAAACGUAUGUAGAAAAGUUCGAUGAAGGAAAAGAUGCCAUUGAAAUUCCAGCCCGAUUGGAAAAUCUCAACGCGCUUUGGAAGGACUACAAGGGGGUUCAAGAGGAGCUCGAAUCUAUCGAUGAAACCAUCGAAGAGCAGUUUAAGGAAAGGGCAGAAUUUGAGACGGCUUACUACCGGGUCAAGGGAUUUCUUCUCUCAGUGAGUAAAGCACAUACAGCACCCAUCGCGUCAACCUCCUCCAACUCAAGCGCGCAAUUCAAUGCUACAUCGUCCCACGUGCGAUUGCCUGACGUCAAGUUACCAGUGUUUACUGGAAGCUUAGACAACUGGUUAAAUUUCCAUGACUUAUUUGUUUCACUGGUACAUGCUUCGCUCGAAUUAUCCAACAUUCAAAAAUUUUAUUACUUGCGUUCGUCCUUGGCUGGAGACGCAUUGAAACUUGUUCAAACUAUACCUAUCAGUGCGAACAACUACCCAGUGGCAUGGAAGCUAUUGGAAGAUCACUUUCAAAAUCCUGCACGGCUAAAGCAAACUUAUUUGGAUGCUCUUUUUGAGUUUGCAAUACUAAAGCGAGAAUCUGCCACUGAAUUACACUCGCUAGUUGAAAAAUUUGAAGCGAAUGUGAAAGUUUUGGCCCAGCUCGGAGAGAGAACCGAGUUCUGGGACUUGAUUCUAAUUCGCAUGUUAAGCUCCCGUCUCGAUCCGACCACUCGUAGGGAUUGGGAAGAGUAUUCCUCUACGAAAAAUGGUAUUACCUUCAAGGAGCUCACUUCUUUCAUACAGCGAAGGGUUACUGUGCUACAAACGAUCCAGGGAAGAACUGUAGACACGCCAGCAUCAUCCUAUCAAUCGAAGAAACCAGUAUCACGUCCGGUAUCCAGUCACGGGGCCAGCCAAAUGAUCAUCAGUCGAAAGUGUUCAUUAUGUUCCAGCCAUCAUCCGUUGUACAUGUGUCCAGUAUUUUCAAAACUCGAGGUAGGGGAGAAAGAAAAGGAAAUCCGGAGGCUGCAGCUCUGUCGGAAUUGUCUUCGGUCAGGACAUCACGCGAGAGAUUGUUCUUCCUCCACAUCUUGUCGUAAAUGUCGAGGCCGGCAUCACACACAACUUUGUGCCGGGGAAAAAGCAGUUGCUGUGAACUCCAGAACUGUAGAACCAUCUUCUUCGACAACGUUGAAAACUGAAAUUCUACACGAACAACCCAAAACGUCCGCCUCCGCCACUAUCAACGAUCCGAUUAGCUAUGCAAGCUCUGAGCAAGCCCGUAGGUGCGUACUUCUAGCCACAGCUGUCGUCAAACUAGUUGAUGACAAUGGCACAGUUCAUAUCGCAAGAGCACUCCUUGACUCGGGGAGCGAAUGCUGCUUCAUGACGGAGUCGUUCUCACAACUCGUCAGAUCACACCGUAGAAAAAUAUCAGUUCCGAUUUCGGGUAUUGGUCAAUCGUCCACGCAAGCUCGGUAUAAGAUCUCCGCUUCGGUACGCUCACGGGUCAGCGAUUUCAGCACGUUUGCAGAAUUCUUGGUACUUCCAAAGGUCACUAUUGAUCUGCCAUCUGCAACAAUUGAAACUUCUACUUGGGAAAUUCCUUCCGGUAUUUUGCUUGCCGAUCCACAGUUUCACGAAGCGAAUCCGAUCGAUAUAAUCAUCGGCGCGGAAGUAUUUUUCGAUCUAUUUAGAGUGCCCGGCCGAAUUCAACUUGGAGAGUCGUUACCAACCCUGGUAAACUCCGUCCUCGGUUGGAUCGUUUCGGGAAAAACUUCGUCCAGCACUCCGAAGACUCCAGUAAUCUCCAACUUAGCCACGAUCACAGAUGUACAUCAAAUGCUAGAGAAGUUUUGGACUCUUGAGGAGGACCAUGCCGCUCCAAACCAUUCCGUAGAUGAAGCUCAUUGCGAGGAAUAUUUUCGAAGCACUGUUAAACGCAAUUCGGAGGGACGAUAUAUCGUUAGAUUACCUUUGAAAGAAAAGGUGAUCAACCAACUCGGCGACAACCGCAAUACUGCAAUUCGCCGAUUUCGAAUGCUAGAAACUCGUCUCAGGCGCAACUGCACCAUGGCGAACCAAUAUUCUACAUUUAUGGACGAGUAUCUAAACUUGGGUCACAUGCGGUUUGUUCAAGAUUACCAAUCGCCACCACCACUUUGUUAUCACAUGCCCCACCAUGCUGUAAUCCGUGAGGACAGCGCCACGACAAAACUACGAGUAGUUUUUGAUGCGUCGUGCAAAUCACUCAAUGGACUUUCACUGAACGAUGCAUCAAUGGUGGGCCCCACUGUCCAGCAGGAAAUUCGAUCGAUAAUCAUGCGUUCGAGAAUACACAAGGUGAUGAUCAUUGCUGACAUCAAACAGAUGUAUCGUCAAGUACUCGUGGACGAACGAGAUACACCUCUGCAACGAAUUGUGUGGAGAUCAUCACCGGAGCACCCUCUGGGUACCUACGAAUUACUAACCGUAACCUACGGCACAGCAAGUGCGCCGUUUCUUGCCACUCGGGUUCUCCAACAGUUGGCUGAUGACGAACAGCAACAACACCCAACAGCAGCUGCAACUCUACGUAAGGAUUUUUACGUAGACGAUCUUUACUCGGGAGCAAACAGCAUCGACGAAGCAAUUGAGCUCCGGCAGCAACUUGAAGCACUACUUCUCAAGGGUGGAUUUCAGCUUCGAAAAUGGGCAUCGAAUGAAGAAGCAGUGUUGGACGGUGUACCUCUGGAGAAUCGCGCUCUUCAAACAUCAUUCGACCUUGACCGUGACCAAUCCAUAAAGUCACUGGGUCUUCUCUGGGAACCGGCCCUAGACCAACUUAAAUACAAAAUCAAGCUACCACAGGAAUCGCCUGACGCUCCACUCACGAAACGCUCCGCUCUUUCACAAAUCGCUCGACUUUUUGACCCCCUUGGUUUGUUGGGCCCAGUUGUGGUCACUGCAAAGUUAUUCAUGCAAGCACUAUGGAUGCUGAAAAACGAUAACGGAAAGGUUUUCGAUUGGGACCAAGAACUGCCUUCAUCCAUGCGAGACACUUGGCUCUCAUAUUGCACUCAACUACCACUGCUUAACAAUCUUCGAAUUGAUCGGUUUGCCCUUGCGACGAGUGCUGCUUCCGUCCAAUACCACUUUUUCUCUGACGCUUCAAAGCAUGCGUAUGGUGCGUGCUGCUACCUUCGAUCAACUGACACAUCUGGUGCAAUUAAAGUUACCCUCCUGACUGCCAAAUCAAGAGUUGCUCCAUUAAAACAGCAGAGUAUCCCUAGACUCGAGCUAUGUGGAGCCCUUCUUGCAUCCGAAUUGUAUCAAAAGGUAACAGCAGCUCUUGAAAUAACUGGCGAGACAUUUUUCUGGGUCGACUCGACGACGGUUAUCAGCUGGCUUCAAGCUACUCCGUCAUCGUGGGCCACCUUUGUUGCCAAUCGGGUCUCUAAGAUCCAACUUACCACGCAAAAUUGUUCCUGGCAACAUGUCGCCGGGCAGGAAAAUCCAGCGGACUGUCUGUCUCGUGGAAUUCCAGCAGAAAACAUCCUCAACAACAAACUCUGGUGGCAAGGACCAAACUGGCUCCAACUUGAUCAACAAUCUUGGCCAAGUGAAUCACCGAAUCAAACUUCUGAUGGCGAAAUUCUCAUGGAAGCAAGGAAACAAAGCUCAACGGCAUGUCCGGCGUCUACGGAACCAUCAUUCGUCGAUAUUCUUGUGGGAAACUUUUCAAAUUUGAACCGGCUUCUGAACGUAGUCGCCUAUUGCCAGCGAUUCAUUCGGCAUUGCCGACGGCAACCUAGUAUCAACGCGGAUCCUACCUACAUCAGCACUGAAGAACGACAUACUGCUGAAAUCACUAUAAUUCGACUAAUUCAACAACAAUCCUAUCCUGAAGAAUGGAAGCAGCUCAGUCUAAAAAGAUCCGUGUCACCUAGGUCCCGCCUAAGAUGGUUCAAUCCAUUCAUCUCACCUGAGCAGGUCUUACGAAUCGGUGGACGGUUGAAUCAAGCACCUCAGCCUUUCGACAGCAAGCAUCAGCUUCUCCUACCAGCGACACAUCCUUUCUCCAAGCUCCUAGUCCGCUCGUGUCACGAAAAAAAUCUGCACGCGGCACCUCAGUUGCUCAUCACAAUCAUCCGUCUGCGAUACUGGAUCACAGGGGCCAGGAGCCUGGCCAGAUCCAUCACACGUAAUUGUGUCACCUGUGUACGAGCUCGUCCAAAACUGUUGGAACAAUUUAUGGCCGACCUACCAGCAUCCCGUGUCACUGCAACGCGACCGUUCACGGUAACCGGUAUUGACUACUGGGGACCUAUCACUCUGCAACCCAUACACCGCCGUGCAGCCCCGAGAAAAGCCUAUGUCGCGGUCUUCGUAUGCUUUUCCACUCGCGCCGUGCAUCUGGAAUUAGUUAUCGACUUAAGUACGGCAAAAUUCAUCCAAGCGCUAAGGCGCUUCGUCUCUCGCCGCGGCUUAUGUAGCGACAUCCACAGCGACAACGGUAGAAAUUUCAUUGGUGCGGCAAAUGAACUCCGACAACUGAUUCGCAGCAAGGAAUACAAACAAUCCAUGGCAACGGAAUGUAGUGAGAAUGGGAUCAGAUGGCACUUCAACCCGCCGAAAGCAUCUAACUUCGGCGGCCUAUGGGAGGCUGCGAUUCGAUCAGCCCAGAAGCAUUUCAAUCGCGUUUUGAGAAAUCACACACUGCCGCACGACGAGAUGGAAACAUUACUGACGCAGAUUGAGAGCUGCCUUAACUCUCGCCCUAUAACACCCUUAAGCGACGAUUCGACCGACUUCGAAGUCCUAACGCCCGGACACUUUCUUAUUGGAUCUCCACUUAAGGCUGUUCCACAAAUAGACUCUAGUGAAAUUCCCUUUAAUCGGCUCCAACUCUGGCAGCAGACCCAGAAGAUGUUUCUGCUGAUCUGGAAACGUUGGCACGCUGAAUAUCUUUCCACUUUGCAACCUCGCACGAAAUGGUUCAAGCCCCCGAUCGAAAUCAAAAUAAACCAGCUGGUGCUUCUUCGGGAUGAUAAUUCUCCUCCAAUGAACUGGCCAACCGCACGAAUCAUCGAUCUGCAUCCUGGGGCCGACGGGAUUAUCCGAGUUGUCACGGUGCAGUCGCCUACUGGUCGAUUUAUUCGUCCGGUGAAUAAAAUCUGCUUGCUGCCGAUUCCUCCCACGCAAACCACCAACACGGAGAAUGAAAGUGAGUAG